AGGAAGUGGGAACCAAAAGUUCCACUAGCUUCCAUGUCCCAUGAUGGAAGCCUGAAUGUUAAUAUCCCAAAUAAAUCCUCCUUUCCCUUGCGCGCCACUUCUCUCCGCAAAGAAGCCCUACAGCACCAACGCCAACACCAAGAAAUGUAUCUCUCUGAGCUAUUCUCAAGAAGGGUACUCCUACCACUGGUGAUGGAUUGCCAGAUCAAGUUUCUACUUUCUAGAUAUCCAGUCCAAUCAAGAGUCCUCCCUUCUCUAGAUUUCUAGGCAUACGACAACCUCAUCUACUAAAAUUAUAUUUAUGAUUCAUAUUUUGCAUCUCCUUUUAUGUGCUAGUUCUCUCAAAGUCGGCUACCACCUGCUUAAGUUGGAAAAGCGAAAGUGCCUUAUACCUUUGUUCGACACUCUCUUCCAUGUGCAGUUAAUUCCAGGAAAAUCUCCUAGCACAAGCACAAAUUACAUGUUCUCUAGCAAGGAGAGGUCAAAGUUUUUCAAAUUCUUCUAGGACACUUCAUAUUAAAUAUUUAUGUAUUCAACCUAAUACAACACCAAUUAAGGGGAGCAAAUUUGGCUCAAGUGAAAGGCUCUAAAAAGGGCAAGAGGAAGGCCCAAAAGGACAUGGAUGGAAGUAGUGAGAAGAGACAUGGUGACUUAUGGUAGGACUGAAGGUAUGAUCCUCGAUAGAGCAGAACAAUGGAACAAGAUUCGUGUAGCUGACCCCAAAUAGCUGGGAUAAGGCACUGAUGAUAAUGAUAAUAGAAAGGUUUCCAAUUUAUGAAUUGAUUUCUGUCUUCCGGUUUAAGAUUGUCAAUUUCUAAGAUUUGCGCAGCUAGCUUCCCUUAUUAUUUAUGAAAUAUAAGAAAAAUAAAAAUUCCAUUGUUCCAUGCUUGCAAUGGAACCAAGAUGGAAGGGAAAAGGUUCGGCAGGAGUUGCUUCCUCUAAUCCCAUGUCCAAAAUAAUUACACAGCUACAAUCCUCUUUAUUACUCUCAAGACCCCAUGCAUUACUCAAUGGUUCAUCUGUGCUCCUUGAAGUUGGAUCCGAGCAAACUGACCUGCUAAACCAUGCAUGUUUUGGUCGGCCUGUCAUCACCACUCUCAAGGAUAAGCAGUGGUUCCAACUGGGUUUUGAGGAAGCCUUCUAUCUCAUCCAUUCCCUCAAAUGCCUUUCAGUGCCUUGCGGGUCGGUUAGCUUGACCUCUGAAGAGUUGUGGAAAUACAUGAUAUCAAAGAAAAAGUUGUUUCCAAGGUUGUACAAGGCUUACUCUCAUCUCAGGUCAAAGAAUUGGGUAGUGCGCCAGGGUUCACAAUAUGGUACUGAUUUUGUGGCCUACCGCCACCACCCUGCCCUUGUUCAUUCAGAGUAUGCAGUUCUUGUUCUAUCAGAGAAGGAUCAAGAUCAAGGGCCAUCUCGUCUAAGGGUCUGGUCAGAUUGGCACUCUAUUGUCAGGGUUUGCGGGAGUAUUGCUAAGACAUUGUUGGUUUUAGAUGUUGAUAUCUCUGGGGCUGAUGAAAGCUCACCCAGUUGUCUUGAAAGAUUUUGUGUGAGUGAGUACAAAAUCGCAAGGUGGGUUCCAGAGCAGCACCGGGAGGAUCACGUGCCUGUGAAAGAGGAAGCAAAGUAAGAAUUUUAAUGUUCACUUAGCUUUAAAAAAAGUACUCAAGUUCAAAUAUUAGUUUGUUAGGCAGUAUCCUUGUGUGUCUCCCUAAUGCCUCUUUAAGACACUGGAUGGAUUCUGCAACUGACUGAUGAGAACCUUGAGCUGAGAUUACAGUGUUUUCAUGUGCUAUAUAUAUUGAUUUUUUAGUUACUUU